AUGCAAGAAGAGAAUUUUGAUAACAUUGACAAACAAAAUGUUAGUGUAGUUAAAGUACCUAAUUUCUAAUGGUUAGUUUUACAGUGAAGAAUAGUCUUAGCAAGGAGAUUAAAGAAUUUAUAAAUUUUAAGUUAAUUAACAAGAUCAUGAAAAUUCAAUGUUUUUUAUAGAACAUAAGGAUGAUUUUAAUAUCAAACAGUAACAUAAUGAAGCUCCUUAACACUAGGAAGAAGAAAUAGAGAUAAUUUAAUUUGCUGAAAAUAGAGAUAUGUUUUUUGAUAAUAACUAAGAGGAGGUUGAUAACAAUAUUCCAUAACAAAUAGGAGAAUAAAUUAUUGUAAAAAAUAUAUCUGCUUUCCAAUGUUAAAAUAAUACAGAUUUAAAUGAUAGAAAUAUUCCAAUAUUGUAAGAACCAUAAUACCAAAACUAGAUUUAAUAACUAUAAAUACAUUAUUCACCUGUUCCUAAUUAAUAUAAUAUCGCUAUGAUACCUACUUAAUAAAUUAAUACUCCAAUCUAGCCAACUGAUCAAUAUGAGAAUAAAUAGGAUCAAACAAGGAAAGAAGAAAAAAAAUAAAAUAAAUAAAAGAAAAAGUUAUAAAAAAAAGCUGAUGAAAAUAGUGAUAAGGAAUAAUAAAAUAAUGUUGUGAUUGUACCAAUUAAUUAAAAUGAAGCUCCACAAAAUGCCAUUAUCAAUCUAGGCUCUAAUCUGUCUGCUUAUUGCUGCCUUGGUAUUCUAAAUCGAUCUGAUAGCUGUUGUUAAUGGAUAUGUGAUUUAACUGUAUAUUGUUUAACGCUCCCUUUAUUUUUGCUCAAAAAAUUUUUGGUUUGUAUUUGGGAUGGAUGCUUAGAAACUUGCUGCCAAUAUUGGUGUCCAAGUUGUAAUGAAUCAUGUUAAACAGGUUGCAGUCUUUUAAGCUUUAAUUGUGGUAAAACAAAAAUAAAUUUAUUAAGUUAGAUGUUACAAUAGUUUAAAAAAGAACUCAAAUAUUAUUUGCACAUAAAUUUGUUGUUGCAUAAAUUGUUCAGCUGUGAGUUAAUACAUUUUGGCAUCCUGGGAUUCUUGUAGCCAUUUCUGUUUCUCAAUGUGUUCGAGUUUUUGUGGAAUCCUUUUAGUAUGUUGUGAAUUCAUCUUAAAUAAUUUGAGUGACUGUGUUACUCAGAUUUGUACUUUUUGUUGUGACUGUUUAUAGAACUCCUGUGAAUAGAUUUGCUAAUUUUUGGAUCCUAUAUGCGAUAGUUUUUGUAAACUCUUGGGUAUAUGUUGCAAAUGUAUAGAAUGGUUGAAAUGA